CGCUCGCACCUGGAGUUGAAGGGCAGGGGCAGGCGGACGGGGAUGCGCUCGGCUGGGCCGUCGGUGCCAGCGCCACUUGGGUCUCCGCAGCCGCUGUUGAGCCCGGCCGAAACCACUUCCAGACCCCGGUGGGGGGGCCAUGGUGUUUGCUGCUCCCGCUGCAGCCGCGGCCAUGAGGAAGAGCUUCCUGGUGCCCGAGAUCAAGCCCUUGGAUCAGUAUGAUUUCUCUCGGGCGCGCAGCGCUGCCAGCCUGGCUUGGGUGCUCGCCAAGGGCUACGGGGGUGCAGAGCAUGUCCCUGCUGAGCUGCGUGAACCCUUCUAUACGGACCAGUAUGAACAGGAGCACCUGAAGCCUCCUCUUAUCCGCCUGCUGCUAUCAUCUGACAUCUACUGCCGUGCCUGGCGUCAGGCCUUACCCCCAGGCCCUGAUGGCACAUCAGCCCCAAAGGAUAAUGCUGCCUUGUUACAACUUCUGGCCCGUCGUGGCUUGGUGCCCACCUUCCAAGACAAGCCUAUCAAGGAGGCUGACUUGCACCACAAGCCAAUCAGGCUGGGUGUACACCUAGCCUUGAUUGACUCAUUGAUGACAGCAUUUGCUGUGGAAGCCACCAGCUCUCUAACUGUUGUGCCAGGCACUGAUCCAGCUGCCAGCUCCUGGGACCAGAAGCUACUUCACUGGAUUGACAUGGUCAUCCACAAGAUGCAGCAAAGCACUGAACAGGAGACCUUGCAACGCUCUGCUCCUGCUACAGAUGGCCAGACUCAGGCCUCCGGGAGUGGUCCCAAGGUGCGUGUGCCUCGCUGUUGCACCUUCCUUCGGAAUUCAAGGGGGAAGCAUGCCAUCGCUUUUUGUUUGAAGGAGUCGGGGAAUAAGCCUCCUGUGAUCCGCUACCGGAAGGAUAAGGCACUGCCCAAGCAGACUCCUUGUUUCCCUGCGAUCACAGGCAUGAAGGAUCUGGCCAAUGGGGGAGUCAUUGCUGCCACUAUCCACUACUACUGCCCCCAGCUUCUUCGCCUAGAGGAUGUGUGCCUGAAGGAGACCAUGUCAGUGGCAGACAGCCUGUAUAACCUGCAGCUGAUCCAAGGCUUCUCUUCAGACUACCUGGGCAGCUGCUGUUUCCUGUCAUUGGAGGACCUCUUGUACAUGCCCCCUGCACUGAGGGUAAACGUUGGGGUAUUCCUGGCAGAGCUGUUCCUGUGCUUUGAGGUGCUUAAGCCAGAAUUUGUGUGCCCCAAGGAGCUGUCCAGUCUCCAAGAUUCCCCUGGCGUGAAUGACUCUCUGACGUCCAAUAGUGGGAACAACAACAGCAGCUCGCCAGUGUUCAAUUUCCGCCAUCCACUGCUGCCUGGAGGUCAGGCCCCAUCCCCACUCUGUGGUUCCUUAGGUUCCCUGCACCACUCCACAUCCAUGUCCCAUGUAGAAGGCUUUGGUAAAUCAUGGAGCAAGAAGCAGCUCAGCCACCCAUUGUCCCAGGCAGUCUCCUUCAGCAUCCCCUUUGGUCUAGACAGCGAUGUGGACAUUGUGAUGGGCAACCCAGUGGGCAUCCUCCGCUCUGUUAGUUCUGAUAGCCUGGCACCUGCCCUCUAUUCUUCUUUGCCUCGCUCCUCCCGCCCACGACCCAGUGAUUUGGCUGAGACCCCCAAUGGGCUAGUAACACCAUCGCUUCAUGGAGCGGGGCACAAGGGCCAAGAUGGCCUGGCAGUAGAGAACGGGCUGAGCGAUGGCUACUCUGACCUGCCCACCAUUGAAGAGGCACUGCAGAUCAUUCACAGCAGUGAGCGGCUGCUCCCUGAGGGAGCACCUGAUGGUUUUUACCUGCACUCUCCAGAGCCACCCAAAGCCUCUUGCCCAGAAAAGGUACCCGUAUCCACAGUUUACCGCUGCCACAAUGGGCCUCCCAACGGUGCGGAGCCAGCCCAGGAUGGUAGCCUGGAUUCUGAUGCUGAAGAGCCAUCCCGGCCAGUGGGCGGCCCAGAUGAUUCCACCUCGUGUGUGAGCUCAUUGAGCUCACAGCCCGACAGUACAGCUUCAUCCACCUCUGGCGUGCGCAUGACUAGUUUUGCGGAGCGCAAGAAGAAAUUGGCAGCCACUGACAGCAAGUCCAGUGGCAUCAGCUCUGAGGGCUCUGAGACUGGGCCUGUGCCAGCAGAUGAAAGCCCUGCCCAGAGUCCCGCCCUCAGUUCAGAGAUGAGCCAGUUGGGUGCCAGGCUAGAGGAGAAACGGCGUGCCAUCGAGGCCCAAAAGAAACGCAUCGAGGCCAUUUUUACGCGGCACCGCCAGCGCUUGGGCAAGAGUGCCUUCCUGCAGCUACAGAAAGGGCCUGAAUCCCUGUCAGAGGAUAGUCGGCUUGGUCUGGAGGAACGGCUCGCCCAACUGGAGGCUGAGGAAGAUGCUGGAAGUCCCCGUGCUCGUCUGGAUAACAAGCAGGUGACUUUCUCCCCAGAUAUCACCAAGGGAGCGCUUGAUGAAAACCUGGGUGACUACAAUCGGGCAGUGGCCAAACUGAACACUGCUCUGAGUUCGCUGCAGUUGGACAUGCAGCGCCUCAGCGAACAGCAACAGCGCCUAAUGCAGGACAAGAAGCCCAGUGCACAAGCUUGGGUGAUACCUGCCCCAAGGACCAGCCGAGAUGGGGCUCCUCCACGCUCUUCAGUGGAUCUGUCUUCGCCUUCCCCAUCGCCAUCCCCUUCCCGUAAAUCUCGAUCACCUCAGCCCACCCCCAAGAAGUCUCCAGCACCAGCUCCUCCGAAGAGCCCCAAGCACACACGGCCGGUUGAGCUAAAACUGCCACCCCUAACACGUGUUCUGACCCCACCUCACAAUGUGGACACCCUUCCACACCUCCGCAAAUUCUCACCAAGCCAGGUGCCUGUGCAGACCCGUUCCUCCAUCCAUUUUGCUGAGGAUGAGGAGGUGCCAGUGCAAGAGGUGGAAGCCCAGGGUAAUUUGAGACCUGUGGCUUCUGUCCCUCCACAGGGAGGCAAUGGUCGUGUCUCAGGGGAUGGCACCAGUGAUGUUUCCUCACCCAGUGACCGGCGCAGUAGCCUGAUUGAAAUUCCUCUAUCUAGCCUGAAGGGGGAGGAUGAAGAUGUGGAUGGUGAUGAUUCGCUGGAGGAAUCCCUCACUGAGGCCCUGGAUACAGAGCCACGUGCUGGCUUGGGCUUCUUUUUCAAGGAUGAAGAGAAAGCUGAGGAAGAGAUGGCACAGAAGCGAGCCAGCCUCCUAGAGAGGCAGCAGAAGCGCAGUGAGGAGGCACGGCGCAGAAAGCAGUGGCAGGAGACUGAGAAGGAGCAGAAAAAAGAGGAGGCAAGGCUGCAGGCAGAAGAGCGACACCAGCAGGAGGAGGAAACGGGGCACAGGCGUGGAGACUUCACCCGCCAGGAGUACCUGAGGCGCCAGCAGCUCAAGCUGAUGGAAGAUCUAGACAAGGUGUUGCGGCAGAAGCCCACCACAGUGCGUGCCCUAAAGAAGGGGCGACCCAAGACAGUCUUCUGCGAUGACUCCGCCCUUGCACGCAGCCCCGUCAAAGGGCUCCUAGGCUCCAAGCUGAGUAAAGUGUACUCCCAGUCAACACUGUCUCUCUCAACUGUGGCCAAUGAUCCCACGCUCUCCAUCAAGAGAUCUUCUCGAGCUGCAUCUCCUUCUGGGCCAAUGUCCCCCAGCCGGUUCCUACCAAAUCAGAACCGGGAGCGCGACUGGGAGAAUGCGUCGACUGCUUCCUCACCUGCUUCCAUCCCAGAGUACACUGGACCCAAGCUGUACAAGGAGCCCAGUGCUAAGUCCAAUAAGUACAUCAUCCACAAUGCACUAUCACAUUGUUGCCUUGCUGGCAAAGUCAACGAGCCCCAGAAAAUCCGCAUCCUAGAGGAAGUUGAGAAGAGCAAAGCCAACCACUUCCUCAUCCUCUUCCGUGAUUCAAGUUGCCAGUUUCGGGCGCUGUACACGCUUUCAGGGGAGACGGACGAGCUGACGCGCCUGGCUGGCUACGGGCCCCGCACCAUUACCAUGCACAUGAUCGAGGGCAUCUACAAGUACAGCUCUGAUCGCAAGCGCUUCACUCAGAUUCCUAGCAAGACCAUGUCCAUGAGUGUCGAUGCCUUCACCAUCCAGGGCCACCUCUGGCAGACCAAGAAGCCUGGCACACCCAAGAAGCCGGGCACACCAAAAUAACGAGGGUUUGAAAAGCUCCAUGUCAACUCCUUGCCUGGACUUUAGGGAUGGCUUUCCAGAACAAGUGGCUUGAGUAGGUGGAGGCAUUAGGCAAGAGCGUGUAUUUAGUCCUGGGCCAGCGCUCACUCUGGCUGGAUCAGAGCCAGCUGCCGCACAGGGCUCUCGGCGGGGGCGGGUAGUCCUGGUGCCUGCCUUGAAGAGGAGACUGAUAACGGCUUUUGGAGGGAGGUGGUAUGAGGACGAACACUCUGGAAACUCCCAAAUCCCAUAAUAAGCCAGAGGCUCAAAGUUGCCAUAGUGACACUGCCCUACAUCUAGGGCCCUGGGGAUUGGAGUCUGGACUUUGCAUGCUCCAUUUGCCUCCAGCCACCAUCUCUGAAUGUCAGUCCACAACUGGGGCAAUGACAGGGUCUCUUUUUCUGACUCCUGCUUGCCCGGGGAGUGGUGCUCAGACCCUUCCUGGUUGUGUGCCUGGUUUUUCAUUGCUUAGGCAGUCCCUGUUUAUAUUAUACAUACUAUACAUAUAUAUAUAUAUUGGAGCUAUUUAAUGAUUUUUUCAAUUAUUUGUAUAUAAAAAAAGGAUCAAAUUGCAUUUGGAACAGUGGGGCAAGGUGAAUUUGUAUAUGAGGUUGGCAUGAUAGGGGUAAGGGAAAUAGGACGGAGUUGGGGAAUGAAUGCGUGUAUGUUUUUCCCCUUUGGGGUCUUUUGUUUAAACGUUUUCUUCUUGCCAACUUUUUUUUUGUUGACUUCCCUGUUCACAAGAAUGCUCUGGUGAAGGGGAAAGGGCUAUUUACACGUAAUAAUUCUUUAGCAGUAGUGGAGGAUGCAGGAUGUGAGUAGGGUUGCCAAUUUCUAGUUGAGUCAGAGCAAGUUUCAGGUGGUCAUUUUUGUUAAGUGCCAGGAAGCUGGCAUGGCCUUUGGUUGCAGAGCCAGCCUGUCUGCACCCUGAACUGAGCUGCCAGUAAAGUCUCUCCUUUUCUUUUCUCCAGCCUGCCACUCAGAGCUGUCGCCCCACCCUGAGCAUGAGUAGGCAAUGAAUGUAAGGUACACUUCAGUCCCUUUGGAGGGGCCUGUUAGUCGGGGGAGGCUGAGCACCUAGUGCCACUACAAUACUCUCCUCCCACAAUGCUGCUUCAGUAUCUUUCUCCUCCCCACAUCUGUCUCCUGCUCUUCAGGAGCCAUAGCUGCUUUUAAAAUGGAGGGAAGAGAAAUGAUGCUGUUCAACUCAAAGCCCCCGGCCUAAUUCUGUCUUGUUGCAACUUAUUUCUGGUCUCUUGUGGUUGCCUGUUGCUGAUUGAAUGUCAAGUAGGUGUUUUGGGUGGGUACAGUAUAGUGCAGGGUUGGGAGGGGGUCAGUGUAAAAAGCAGCUGGUGACUUCGCCCUGUCUGCUUAAUAAAGUAAGUUAAAUGAUUUUUCUGCUGGUCAUUACUUUGGUGGGUUUGAGCAAUAGAGAGAAAUCUGUGACUGUAUAAUUGAUUAGCCUGUCUGUACCUUCACAAAUGGUUAAUUGUGAACACUGAAUGCACUUGUCAACUGUGUCCACUGAUGAACUGUGGGAGGGCAGGAAGGAGAAAAGUAUAAAACUAUGGAAAAAGCUGCAGAAGUACAGAAUAUAGUAGCAGCAAUUUACAUGUUUUUUUUUCAAUACAGCAGGAAAACUGCCAUUUAUCUCU